AUGCAAGCCAACACAGAUAAAAAUAAAAAUGAUAGUGAAGGUAUUAAAAAAGCAAGGGGAAACAAAGAUGAUUCGAUCAUUGCACCUCCAAUAUCAACAGCGAAAAUAGCAGCCGUUUCAACUGCUGUUGGAGUCAAUGGAAAUAAAACUGCACAACUGACUCAUAGAAUAGGAAAGAGCCAUUCAAGUUCAACUAAGCAAGAUCAACUGCUGAAUACUAAUUCAAGGCCAAUGAUCCACUCCAAAGAUAAACAGAAGCAGAGCGAAACGGAGUCUACAAAUAUUAACCGAAAUUUUGAUAUUCUACCAAAACAUAAAAUAUUUAUCGUCUGUCAAAUUAUUGCUUCGUUGUGUAAUUUUGAUCAAAUUCCGAUAUUAUUUUUGGACAAUCAUUUGGGCAAUAUGAAACUUAAUCGUUUUACUCAUCGUAUUAAAUACGUUGAUUUUGGUGGCGCUAUUGUUGGCUAUCAUGACAUUUACAAAGCGCUUGCCGAUCUUCAAAAACAUCCGAAUCCAAAUAUUCGUUAUCCAACAUCAAUCAGUAAUCUGUAUACAUUUUUUCGUGUUAAUCGAAAGCAGAACAGUACGGAAUCAUUUUUUAUCGAUCCGUUAAUGCAUAUUACGGAAUUAAAGUCGUUGGCACCAUUUCCAACAAUUCAUUGGUCUUAUGUUACAACAAGUGGGUCAGAAUGA